UGAAUUAUAUAUGUUUGAUCAAGCCUUGAAGGAGAAGGGUUAUACCCAUUAUUUUAUGGAUGAUCCCGACUCACGACUCCCAAUUACAGAUGCAUGGCAAUGCUAUAAUAAUAAUCUUCAACAAUAUCCAUCGUCUCUCAUUCCCACCAUUUCCAAGAUCAAAGGAAGGUGUGGGUAAAGAGAGACAGAGAGAUCUAGAAAGACAUGUCUUGUUUGAUGCCUUGUUGCGUGUCUCUUACAUGCGGCCUCUGCACAUCUGUUGCUUCCAGCAUUUCCAGACGUUCAGCUCGAAUAGCCUACUGUGGCCUUUUCGGCAUCUCUUUGAUCGUUUCAUGGGUUCUUAGGGAAUACGCAGCUCCCAUUUUGGAGAAACUUCCAUGGAUAGUAACAACUGCAAGUCACUCAGCAGAAUGGUAUCAGACAGAAGCUGUUCUUCGUGUCAGCUUGGGGAAUUUCUUAUUUUUCGCAAUUCUAGCUGUGAUAAUGAUCGGCGUGAAAGAUCAAAACGAUAAUCGCGACUUGUUGCAUCAUGGUGGAUGGGUGGCUAAAGUUGCCAUAUGGGUUCUGUUUGUUGUCCUUAUGUUUUUCAUGCCAGAUGGUGUCAUAACAGUUUAUGGAGUUUUAUCGAAAUUCGGGGCAGGUUUGUUUUUGUUGGUUCAAGUGAUCAUAUUGUUGGAUGCUACACACUCAUGGAAUGAUGCUUGGGUUGCUAAAGAUGAACAGAAAUGGUAUAUGGCUCUACUUUCUGUAUCUGGGACAUGCUAUAUUGGUGCAUUUACUCUUUCAGGACUUCUGUUUUUCUGGUUCAAUCCUUCUGGCCAUCAAUGUGGUCUUAAUAUCUUCUUUAUAGUCAUCACAAUAAUCCUUUCCUUUGCAUUUGCUCUUAUUGCCUUACAUCCACAGGUGAAUGGAAGCUUGUUACCUGCUUCUGUGAUGUCGGUUUAUUGUGCAUAUCUUUGCUAUACUACUCUAUCUUGCGAGCCACGAGGCUACGAGUGCAAUAGUCUUCACGACAGCGCUGCAGCCUCGACGAGUACUCUUGUUCUUGGCUUGAUAACGACUGUCUUCUCUGUUAUUUAUUCUGCUGUUCGUGCUGGAUCUUCCACAACUUUUUUAUCUGCUCCAUCUUCACCCACGUCCACAGUAGGUGGAAAGAAUCCUCUGCUUGGGAAGGAUGAGGAGAUGGAAGGAGGAGGGAAGAAGGAAAUGGUGGAAGGGGGUGGUGCAGUGAGUUACUCUUAUACAUUCUUCCAUCUGAUAUUUGCAUUAGCUAGCAUGUAUUCAGCUAUGCUUCUUUCGGGAUGGACACAUCCUUCUGCGAAUUCGGAUUAUAUUGAUGUAGGCUGGACAUCAGUUUGGGUUAAGGCCUGCACACAAUGGGUUACUGCUGCAUUAUAUAUAUGGACUCUUGUUGCUCCAUUGGUCUUCCCUGAUCGUGAAUUCUAUUGAUUAUGAUCAUUCUUUUUUAUGCUAAACAACUUUGAUUGCUAGAAUCAUGGAGGAAGUGAUCUUCAUAUCUUGAUAUCUUUAUAUAUAUAUAUUAAAAAAAAAGGUAAAUGAGGAAAGAUGAUUGUCUUGGCUUGGAUCUGCAUUUGUUUGUCACCAUUUUGGGACAUUUUGUUUGCUGUUCAUUUCCUUAAGUCAACAUCAUGAUCAUUGUAGCGGUUAUGUGACCCAACCUUUACCAAAUUUGUGAUAUAAUUCAUCUAUUUUACUCAUCA